CAAAAAGUAACUCGACCCUCAAACCCGGAUGUAACCAACGCCUAACCUGUCUGAAGAAAAACGAUGCAGACUAUAAAAUGUGUAGUGGUAGGGGACGGUGCAGUAGGAAAGACCUGCUUACUGAUCUCCUACACAACCAACAAGUUCCCCUCAGAAUAUGUGCCUACGGUAUUUGACAAUUAUGCAGUGACAGUGAUGAUUGGGGGAGAGCCCUAUACUCUUGGCCUGUUCGACACAGCAGGUCAGGAGGAUUACGACAGGCUGCGCCCUCUCAGCUAUCCACAAACAGAUGUCUUCCUUGUAUGUUUCUCUGUCGUCUCACCCUCAUCAUUUGAAAACGUCAAAGAGAAGUGGGUUCCUGAGAUUUCUCACCACUGCCCACGCACACCCUUUCUGUUAGUGGGCACACAAGUGGACCUGCGGGAAGACAGCAACACGAUCGAGAAGCUGGCAAAGAACAAACAGCGCCCCCUGCAAUCUGAGAGUGGAGAGAAGCUGGCUCGUGAGCUCAGGGCUGUCAAAUAUGUGGAGUGCUCAGCUCUGACACAGCGAGGGCUUAAGAAUGUGUUUGACGAGGCCAUCUUGGCAGCCUUGGAGCCUCCUGAGAACAAACCCAAGAAAAAGUGCGUCCUGCUAUAGAUGAACAACGACAGUGAGAGAUGGGAUGGUGUAAGAAAUAGGUGGGGUGAAUCAAAACAUUAGAAAGACCAAUGGCCGCUAUGAAAAAAAAAAAAGGACAGAGCAAAAGGGUAAGGGAGGUACAGUGCCAUUGAGACUUAUCCUUAAACACGUGUACACUGUUUGUGCCUUCAAAAUAAACUUUGAAAGAGGCUGAGGGAGCAAAACUUCAGUAUGCAGUAAGUGUCACCUAUCUCCUUUUCUGAAAGCUUUUUAAGUUGCAGUGUUUCCUCUACAAAUAUUCAGGUGGGGCGGGCCCCCCCUGCCUGUCACUGUUGCUCCAUUUCAAAAAAAAAAGAAAAAAAAAGAGACUCUUUUAUCGAGUUGCCUUUGGCCUCCUCUGUGUUUCGUGUAUUUUGGUCUUUUGGUGCUUUUAAACCCAGUGUUGGGAAAUUUUAAUGGGAAACACCUUUAACAUUGAGCCUUUUUCUGAUAUUUAGUCAGUACAUUGAAAGGGGCAACUUAAUGUUAAUUGGUACUCUCUUACUUUCUUUUUUGACCUGGAUUUAAGAAUGAAAGCACAAGAGAUUUAUUGUCACUCCAAACAAAGAUAGUCCCAGAGACCUCUGUGGACGCCAAAUGCAUUUUCACCUAUUUCCCUUCUUCAGUUGACUUAUGGCUUUCUAUUUUAUUCUUCUUUUGUGAAUAUUGUAAUAAUUCCGUGACUUUGUUUUGGGAAAUUUUUUAGCAGUUAUUCAUUUUGAAACUUGAGUUUUUAUUUUAUCAAGAAUUUUUUAUUGCUAGACUACCAACUUUGAGCGAUCGACAAUAUAACAAAUUAAGUUGUAAUAUUUUGAACAGAUCUUGAUCUUGAUAGAGAUUGAGAUGGUAACCUUUGCUAGUAAAAUUUUGGGUGUUUGUAAUCACAGGAUAUUUUUAAUAAAAUGGUUUAACAACA